GGUUUAAAUUUGAUUUUGAAUCUCAAUUUUUUAUUGUGGUUUCAGAUUUUUGGUCCCUGUUGUAUGUUUUUAUUGAAUAUUGAUAUUGUGUAAUUGUUUAGAAAUCAUUAUUAUGCUGAACAUUAUAUAUAUUUGCUGUACAAUGAGAGUUUGUGUGACUCUUAAAGUUAAGGAGCGUAUUGUACUACCAGGUCAGCAUUUCUGCUUACAUGGUAAAAAUAUAUUUUUGACUUUUUUUUUACGGUUUCAGUAUACUGAACUUGGUAUUGUAUGAACGUUUGCAUCAUGUUUUGAAGGCACCAGUAUUGGAUGGAUUUUGCUUUGUUGAAAUUGAGAACACACUCUAGUUUAUUUGUCUGCUAAGCUUUUUUUUUUUUUUUUUUUGACACUGAAGGAAGGACUUUUGUGACACUUUUUUGCCUUUGUCAUUUAUUUGACAUUGUUCAAAUGUCUUUAACUUAUUUAAAGUGUAUUUUAUUUGGGAUAUUUAUUAUAAAUUUACUCAAAUUGAUAAUUGUUUUGUGAUCUUUUUCAUUGUUUUUUCAAAGUGUAUUAUCCAUAUAUAAUAACCUUAGAACAAAAUCCCUGCAUGCUGCUUUGAUUAAUAAGAUUAUUAAUUAGCCGGCAAAGAGUAAUUUGACAAAGGGCCUUUAACAAUUGGAUAUGGUGACCAGAUGCUUCAGAUUACUGUCUGCUGGUAUAAAGAAAAAAAUCAGCUCUGAACAAAACACCCUGCCGUCCAGACUUCAUCUUCCACCAUGGAGUUCAUGACUACAACAGAUACGGCCAUGACGGUGCAACCUACUAUAUUUCCACGUGUGGGCUACAGCAUACUUUCAUACCUUAUGUUUAUAAACACAUUAUUUUCUGUGUUUAAUAACUUGUUGGUGAUUGCUGUGAUGCUUAAGAACCUGCAUUUUCUCAAUGCGAUGAACGUCAUCAUUCUCAGUCUGGCUGUGUCAGAUCUAAUGAUUGCCACCUGCGGCUCUGCCAUCGUCACCAUCACAAAUUACCAAGGAGCUUUCUUUUUAGGGGAUGCGUUCUGUGUUUUUCAAGGUUUUGCUGUGAACUAUUUUGGCCUGGUGUCUUUGUGCACUCUCACGUUACUUGCAUACGAGCGGUACAACGUGGUCUGCAAACCCAUGGCAGGCUUCAAGCUGAACGUCCGCAGGAGCUGCCAGGGUCUGCUGUUCGUCUGGCUCUAUUGCCUCUUCUGGGCUGUUGCUCCACUGCUGGGCUGGAGCUCGUAUGGGCCGGAGGGCGUCCAGACGUCCUGCUCAUUAGGCUGGGAGGUGAGAUCCUGGAACAACUACAGUUACCUCAUCUUCUACACGCUCAUGUGCUUCAUACUGCCCACUGCUGUCAUUGUGUACUGCUACAGCAACGUCCUCGUGUCCAUGAGGAAGAUCAACAAAAGCAUUGAACUUCAAGGGGGGAAGAACUGCCUGGAGGACAAUGAACACAUGGUACGGAUGGUCCUGGCCAUGAUCAUCGCCUUCUUCAUCUGCUGGUUGCCUUACACCGCCAUCUCUGUGGUUGUAGUUGUGGAUCCAGAGAUCUACAUCCCACCUCUGGUGGCCACCAUGCCGAUGUACUUCGCCAAAACCAGCCCAGUCUACAAUCCCAUCAUCUACUUCCUUACUAACAAACGGUUUCGAGAGUCGUCUCUGGAAAUCCUGUCCUGUGGUCGAUACGUCCCUCGUCACACUGGUGGUCUAAUGAUGUGCUCAACCCAGAGGAGCCAAAGCAGGAUUAAUCCAGUCUGAUCUGGGGUCUGUCAGUAAGAAUUGUGCAUUACUGAAUGUAUUGCUUAUAUUAGUUCUAUAAAAAAAAUUGUGAUCAAAAAGUUUUACGAAAUCAAUAUUUUUCUUUCAAGUAUGUGUUAAAUUCAUUGAAAAUGACAGCAUAAAGACAUUUGUAAUUCUUUUUCACACAAGUUAUUCUUUUGAACUUUCUAUUCAUUAAAGUAUCAAGGUUUCCACAAAAAAUAUUAAGCAGCACAACUGUUUU